AUGACUAGGAGGAAAAAUGUGAGGCAAUUGAGUGGUGGUGGUGGUAAAUUUGUAGCUGUGAAUAUAGAGGAGGAGAAGACUGAUUUUAAAACAGAAGAGCCAAGGUUAAAACGACAAAAGACGGCUUCUUUGUAUAAGCCAUUAGAACAAAGCGACGCUCGACUAGGAGAGCCAUCAUCUACCAAAAACCAAUCACAGGUGCAAUUAAAGAUUUUGUACUUUAUACAGCAAUCUAACAGGUUCAUCCAUGCAGCACAUAAGCAACUUCACACCGAAACAUACUUUCAAUUUGUGAAAGCGGCGAUUAGAAGUUUGCGUAUUAUACUCAAGAAAUACGAGAGAGAUAUGACCUCUAAACAAAGGGUGGCUGUUUACUAUCAAUUAGGAAAAGUCUAUCUUGAGGAGACAGAGAAUCGAGACAAGGCCGAAUUGUAUGUGACUAUUGCUUCAAGGAUUUGCCAUGAGGAAUUCUUUGUUAAAGAAGGUUUUUUUUGUGACUUAGUUUUGGCUAAAAUUAUGGAAAAGUCUAGCAUACAGUAUCUUUUAAGCGACUUGUCAACCAAAAUCAGCCAAUAUCAAGAGAAAGGAUAUAAUGUCUUUGCCGAUUGUUUGGCUUUGACACGUAUCAACUACUUGCUCGCAAGCGAUUACUCGUUAGCCUUGGUUAGUUUACAAAGUUUACUAAAAAGUAGCACCUUACACCCUACAAUUCGAACAAUUGCAACCGUUUACUUGUGCGGAUUGUUGAUCCACAGAGGUGACCCUUCCAAAGGAUUAUCAAUCCUUAAAAAUAUUGAUCGAUACUCAAUUCCAUCCCAGCCGUUUCAGGCGUACUACUUAUUACUCAAACUAUCAGCCAAUCUAACUUUGAAUAGGAUCGCCGAGACCAAACACGUUGUCGCAGAGCUAUAUACACUCAAGGGUGACUGUGUAAGAACUUACUGGAGUCAGUGGCUGACAACUGGCAAUAUAGAAAUAUUCAUGAAAUGCGAAACUAAGAAUAAUAAUGCAGAAGAAUUCAAUCUCAUUCUACCAUGGUUAUCGCAAACUGAUUUUUUCAUCAUUACCUUUCUUUUGAACGGUAUAACUUAUUUAGGUGACAAGAGAGAAAUGUCCAAAAACUUUUUUGAAAAGGCUUUAAGGCAAGUAGAAAAGUCAAAGGAAGAAGUAAAGAAAAAUCAUUCAGGAAACUUUUCGCUUUCCAACGUUAAGGAGCGACUAAUCAAGUUGAAAUAUUAUAAAUAUAUGAUUCAGUUUUAUCUCCAGUAUCAUGCAUUUAUUAUAGAUAAUUUCAAAGUCCCAUAUAUAGAUGAGUUUAUGGCGGCCAACAAUGAGUGCUUUCUGAAGACCAAACACACUUGUUUCAGGACGCAUUACCCAUACAUAAACUAUAUGUUUGCCCUUUACUAUCAUCGUAAAGGUGAUCUCCAAGCUGCCAAAUUUUAUUACUUAAAGGUGCGGAAUAUAACUUCCGACUUUGAAGAAGGAAAAGAAGAAAUAGAACAAAAAGAAGAAAAUGAUGUUUGUUCUUUGUUGCAACAAAUGUCCUGGGGAGUUGGUUGUGAUUCGUAUAAGCCCAGGGGAAAAUUCAGUGAGUUAUACGUUUACUCUAGUUUGCAUCUAGUGGCAUUGUUGGACUAUGAGGUGAAGGAAUUGAUGCACUGUGGUACUGAUAUAUCCAAAGAAUUGUUUACAAAAACGAGUCAGUUGAGGAACACCAUUGGCGAAGAGUUGAAGAGUUUGGUAACGAGCAAUAAAGGGAGUAGUGAUCUUUUCCAAACCAAUUUUUUGAAUGAGAACACUCUUUUGAAACUCACUAUGAAUACCAUCUUGAAUACUUCACAGGGCAUAGAUGUUAAAAUUGAUCAAAAUAUCUUGAGAGAGCAUUUAUAUUUUGUUGAGGAGAAAACUGUGUUUUAUCUCAUAUGUUUCUUGUUUUCACUUGAAUUGUCAAUCCAAGCAGGUGUGUCUGGAGAACAGGAAGAAAUCUUACAGAAAGCCUUAAAUAACUUGCCAUUUUCCAAAAGCGAGAUAUUGGUAAACGGAGGAUCUUCCGUACAGCAGGUUUCAACUACAGAACCGGCUGAUAGCUGUCGAGUAUUUCUCCUACGCGAUUUACACAAAAUUUUUGUCGAAAAAGCUGAAUAUGGUAAAGCGGAUAUGUAUCAACUACUGCUGGCUAGACUUUCAAAAUUGUUGAGUUAUCGGUACCAGUUUUUAGCUAAUAACGUUGUAAACGAUUUUUAA